AUGUACAACCCCGCCACCAUGUCCUUGAACAUAGAACUUGACCUAGGUACUGAGACCUCUGGUAGCUUUCUCAGUGACCUAGGGUCAUCGAUUAGAAGCUAUCCAUACAAGGGAGUAAAACAGUUCCUGGGCACUUUGGAGAUGGAAUUACGUCGCCAGGAAGAGGAUUUCGAUGUUAGUGAAUGUGUGCUCUUUACCGGGGUCAAUAAGCAGGCAGUCAAUCGCGACUUCCUUAACUCAGACGAUCAAAUCAUUCAGCGAUGCUGGAAUUUUUACGACUGUCCCCAAAACCUUAUCCUCAUCAAAAUGCGAGUAUCACGCGCACAUGAAAUCGCCACACAGCAAUUUGAAAGACAAUCCUUCAAGUCCCUUGGGCCCAUGGGUCUUGACGAUGUUUCUUCGAACUUUCGGAUCUGCCACUUCUGUGGCAAAACAACGGCUCCGCAAAGCAACCUGACUGUCAAUUCCUCCCCAAGAGACUUCCGCGGGGCCGCACAAAACGAUGGCCAUCGGUCGUCGUUGAGUCCAGUCUUUCAGAAUCCCCGUCAAAGUUGA